CGGAAGAGGGUCAGGGAGAGAGAGAGGGAGUGAGAGCGAGCGCGAGAGAGCGGCUUCCUUUUAGCUUUAAAGCGGGACUACGACUCCCGUGGGUCCUGCAGCCGGUCGCGCCUGCGCAGUGGUUCAGGGUCUGUCAGUCUAGGAGGCCCAAGCCUGUGCGGCCGCUGCUGGGCCAGAGAGGGGUUGGGGAGCUUGGGGGGUUCGGGGGGUAGGGGCGCCGGGGAAUAGGUGAGCUAGCCUAAGGCGCGGGGCGGCCGGCGCCAUGUCGAGACAAGCUAACCGAGGCACUGAGAGCAAGAAAAUGUACUGGUAUUUGCCAUUCCCUUUACCUUCGGCAUCUCUGCGCCUCAUGAGUUCUGAGCUUUUCACCCUGACUUAUGGAGCUCUGGUCACUCAGCUUUGCAAGGACUAUGAAAAUGAUGAAGAUGUAAAUAAACAACUGGACAAAAUGGGCUACAAUAUUGGUGUUCGAUUGAUUGAAGAUUUCCUGGCUCGGUCAAAUGUUGGCAGGUGCCAUGACUUUCGGGAAACAGCAGAUGUCAUCGCCAAGGUAGCAUUUAAAAUGUACCUGGGCAUCACUCCAAGCAUCACCAACUGGAGCCCAGCUGGUGACGAGUUCUCCUUGAUCUUGGAAAACAACCCCCUGGUUGAUUUUGUGGAGCUUCCUGAUAACCACUCAUCCCUCAUUUAUUCCAAUCUCUUGUGUGGGGUGUUGAGAGGAGCCCUGGAGAUGGUCCAGAUGGCAGUGGAUGUGAAAUUUGUACAGGAUACACUGAAAGGAGAUGGGGUAACAGAAAUCAGGAUGCGGUUUAUCAAGCGGAUUGAGGACAAUCUCCCAGCUGGAGAAGAAUAACCAUUUUGGGACCAAUGGAGUUGACCAGCUAGGGCACUUGCUAAUUCUCAACCCUCCCCUGGGGUUCUAAAGCCAAAGUGCCCCCACCUUAGAGAACUCAGUGACUCUUUAAGAUGUUAUAUAUUCUUCUAAUCUUGUUUCCAUUUUCCAUGCUAAUAAAAAACAGACUUGUGUGAUAUA